AACUUUUAUGACGAACAGGUCAGCUGUCAUCACAAUAAGGAUUGGUUUACCCGGAAUAUAUCAGCUACCCUCCACCCCUCAUCACCAAAGCUUUAGCAAACUUAAGCUUGCAAAUACAGUUGUUUCUCUAAUCUUUUUAAGAUCUAAAAUUCCUCCAUCCAAUUUGCUUCCUUGAACCUUACUACUUACAGAUCUAUCUAUUCUCAUGAAGGAUUUCAAAACUCAAAUAAUCUCUCAGAAGCCCUUCCAACUGCAAUUAUUCUUUCCGAUCUGUCAAUCUGGCACCAUCUACGCCAAUGAAUGGAGUCUCCUACUCCGGUGCCUUCCCUCCAACCAUUUCUCUCUUGCGAGUUUCAGAAAUGUUCUUAUAGAUCAGCUAUGGUGGCAAUUUCUCACUACUGGAUGGAGUACUUUUGUGAACAAAAUAAAUCUUGUUUCCCUGUUAUGGAGUUCAUUUUUUGAGAAAACUCUCAGAAGUUUGUCAGCAAAGUAUUGUGAUCAUUCGAUACAAGUACAUGUUAUAUAUUGGUGAAGACUUUGGUAGUAUUGCAAAUCUCAAACAGAAAAGCAAAUGCUCUUCAAUUAAUGAUAUAGUAAUGGAACCAUCUAAGGGAUGUUAAACAAGGUGUCACUCCAUAAACUAUCUAUGAUUCUGCAUCUAUUCUGUUCUAUACUUGGUACCUAAAGUCAGUAAACUUUUCAACAAUAACUUCUUCUUCUACAUGACAGACCAAAACUGUCCUAAGACAUUGCACAAGUA